AUGAGUUCUUCGCAAGUCUGCAUCUUAGGCCACCAUAGCUCAUCCUUUUUGUCUCCGUGCCCCUUCUCACGUGCUUCUUUCCACCAAGACUGCAUCCUCCACAAUCGCCCUAGCUUAAGCCGAAUGUUCAUGCCAGAACCAGGAAGUCCUGAAUAUGAAGAGCUCAAGACAAAUUCAGACAAGGUAUUCCUCAAAACAAUCGUUCCUCUGCUGCAGACAAUGCUUGAAAUUUCCAUCUUUGAGGUCUUGUCAAGGCAUGCUUCGGAUACACUUUUCCUCGGACAGAGGGACUCACCUGAAAGGACAAAGGAUCAAGAACCACUUUUAGCUUUUGAGAGGUAUGGAAAGAAGUUGAGUGAUAUUGGGGAUCAAAUUAUGCAGAUGAAUGGUGAUCAUGAGAAAUCGAAGAACAGGUCAGGGCCUGCUAAAGUUCCAUACACCUUGCUCUUCCCCACAAGUGAAGAGGGACUUACAGGCAAAGGAAUUCCUAACAGUAUAUAUAUAUACCAAAUAAAAUCUGUAUUUUCAGAAAUUCCAGUUACAAUAAAGGAUGUAAUGCUGUAA